GGAAGGCUGGUUUGAGAAGGACCAAAUUGUCCUAUAUUUUUGUUACACGGCGUCUCACAUGAUAUUAUUGACGGAAUUGGGGAUGAAAUGUGAUAAAAUUUAACGCGGGGGUUGAAAUUGGCUUUUUUUUUUCACGAAUUAAAUUGGCUGAUUUUUUAAUUUAAGGGGUUAAUUUCUACACAGGUCAUAAUUCAGGGUAAAACAGCUGAAAAUGAGCAAAGGGUACUUCCAAAAAACAAAACAAAAAAAAGGGAGAGGGAGCAUAAAAUAGGUUUUCAUAUGUACAAAAUAAAAUAUGCAAAUAUAAAGAGGCGGGAAUGAAUGUUUGACAAGACGACGCCGUUUGGGCAGUUUGGGCACCACAUUUGAAAUUGAAACCCCCAAUUGGCUCUCUCUCUCUCUCUCUCUCUCUCUCUCUCUCUCAUCCCAAGCGGCAAACCCUAAUUCGCUCCUUUGUUGGGUGGAUGCGCUCCUCUUAUCUCCAUUUCUCUGGACCAAAGCGAAGUGAAUAUGAAGCAACGAAAACCACCCAAGUCCCGUUUGAAAUUGGAGAUGGAGGUGGACAGAUUUAGCAACUUACCAAGUGAUGUUGUAGAAAAAAUUUUGUCACGUUUGCCCAUUAGAGAGGCAGUGAGGACAAGUGUUUUAUCAACCAAGUGGAGAUACAGAUCGGCUAUGCUUCCUCAUCUUGUGUUUGAUGAUCAGUGUGUCUCAACAAGAAAGAAUAUAACCUUUGUGAACAUUGUUGAUCAUGUACUCCUAGGUCACAUUGGCCCCAUUCACAAGUUUGAGCUUUCUGGUGGAGAUUGUCUAGACAAUUGGGAUAUUGAUCGAUGGAUUCUUCAUCUGUCAAGAAACUCUAUCAAAGAGUUCAUACUUGUGAUUCGGCAAGGGUUCAACCAUAGAAUUCCUUCAUGUUUGUUUUCUUGUCAAGAUAUGAUCCAUUUAGAGUUACUUGGAUGUGUGCUAAAACCUCCAUCAACAUUUAAAGGCUUCAGGAAUUUGAAAAGCCUUGUUUUUCAGCGUGUUACCUUGGCCCAAGAUGUGUUCCAAAAUCUAAUUGCUUGCUGUCCUCUGCUUGAAAAGUUGACUUUGUCAAUUCCCACUUUCCACCAUCUCAAGAUUGAUGCACCAAAUCUCCAAUUCCUUGACGUCGAAGGUGAUUUUGAGGAUGUUACUUUUGAGAAUACCUUAAAUCUGGCUGAUGUUUGCAUUCGUAUCUACCCUCGCGGAAGAACAUGGGUUUGUGACAAUAGCAAUUUGGUCAAGCUUUUGGUUCAGCUGCCUCUUAUCCAGAGGCUAAAGAUUGGGAGAUAUUUUUUGCAGAUUUUGGUUGUUGGCUCCUUGUCACCAAAGCUUCCUAAACCAUGCCUAUAUUUGAAAUUUCUUUCCGUAGUGGUAAACCUUAAUGAUCCGGCGGAGGUUUUAACUGUCCUAUGCCUCCUGAGAAGCUCCCCUGCUGUCCAAGAACUAGAAAUUGCUCUAUACCCUGCUCUCGAAGAAGAACAAGAUUUUUAUGCCCCCCAAGAGGUUCAGGCUGCUUUGUCAGAAGUGAACUCUUUAUAUGGCAACUGGAUUUUUCCAUUGACCCAACUUCGACUUGUCAAAAUAUACUACGUCUCUGAUGUCAAAACUGAAUUAGAUUUCAUCAGAUUUCUGCUUUUAAAUUCUCCUGUGCUCGAGAAGAUGAUUGUUACACCUGAUGAUGCCAGUGAUUCUCUGAAGCUCAUUAAACAGUUUCUCCGAUUAGGGCGUGCCUCAGUGCAUUCAGAGAUAAUCUUCUUGGACCCAUAUUCAUCAGGCAACUUUAGCAGCUAAGACAGGAGGACUUGCUUGAAGAAAUGAAUGUGGUUUUGGACUGUUGGGAACAAGUCUUUUUGGUAUAUGCCUGCCUAUGUUUCUUAACUGGAUGUCUCAUACUUGUAAUUCUCUUUGUGGAGGCAUAUGGUGUUUAAAGUUAACUCGCUUGGGGAUUAGGAAUUAGAUAUAUCUGAGUUCAUUUGCCAAUUUACAUCCUUAUUGAAACAAAGUUUGCAGGGCAGAACAAUGUCUCACAUGGAAAGAAUUAAUUAAAGCAAACUUAUUGUAACAGUGAAAAUACAAGGAGUAUAUGCUUCGGAAACUAAUUGCUUUCCCAAACACUUUCCUCAA